CGGAUCAAUCCCGGACCCUGUUUCCUUCCCUGAUUCACGUUUCCCCCCGAGGACAGGAAAGUGAGAACUUCUUCCGGCCGUUGAAAUUGGUGGCUUCUAUUGUGAGGACCACAUUUGGAGCCGGACCGGUCCCGGCACUUCCGUUUACAUCUUUGCUUUUUGGCCAGGCCUGCGAGUUGAGAGAAUGGGGUCCCCUGGACUGGCGCGGCUGCAUGGCCUCUUUGCAGUGUAUAAGCCCCCGGGGCUGAAAUGGCUGCAUCUGCGGGACACCAUAGAGAUGCAGCUUCUGAAAGGUCUCAAUGCCUGCAAACCUCCUACACCGAAACAGCGUGUUCGCUUUUUGCUGGGUCCCAUGGAAGGCAGCGAAGAGAAGGAACUGACUCUCACAGCCACCAGCGUACCCACCCUCACCAACCACCCGCUGGUACGUGGGCCAGCAUUCACCAGCCUGAAGAUUGGUGUGGGACACAGGCUGGAUGUCCAAGCGUCAGGUGUGCUCGUGCUCGCCGUGGGACACGGAUGCAGACUCCUCACCGACCUGUAUGACACUCACCUCACCAAGGCUUACACAGUGCGCGGCCUGCUGGGCAAAGCCACAGACAACUUCCAGGAGGACGGGCGGCUGGUGGAAAAGACGACCUAUGACCACGUGACCAGAGAGAAGCUGGAGCGGAUCCUGUCUGUCAUCCAGGGCUCCCACCAGAAGGCCCUGGUGAUGUACUCCAACCUGGACCUGCAGUCGCAGGAGGCCUAUGAGAUGGCCGUGAGGGGGCUGAUCCGGCCCAUGAGCAAGUCCCCGAUGCUGAUUAGCGGCGUCCGCUGCCUCCGCUUUGAGCCUCCGGAGUUCCUCUUAGAGGUGCAGUGCGUGCACGAGACGCAGCAGCAGCUCCGGAAGCUGGUGCAUGAGAUAGGCCUGGAGCUCAAGACCACUGCUGUCUGCUCCCGGGUUCGGCGCACACGCGAUGGCCUCUUCACGCUGGACGAUGCCCUCCUCAGGACCCAGUGGGACCUGCAGAACAUCCAGGAAGCCAUCCAGGCCGCAGCCCCUCGGGUGGUGGCAGAGCUGGAGAAGAACCUGAGGCCACAUUCUGGCACCCAGCAGCUCCCAGGUCCUGCCGGGCCCCAGGGCUCUGGGCACCCAGACUCUGCCUUGGGGCUGGGAUGCUGGAGGGCAGGCCGGGCAGCUGGUGGGGCAGUGGGUGGAUUAAGAUAAAGGCUUAGUGUUCAGAAGGCAGAACUGCUACGUGUGCAGGAAAUUAGUACAGAAAGCUUAGCAAAUCUCAGGACUGGGAACCUGAGGCAGGAGGGUCAUAAAUUUGAGCCCAACCUGGGCAACUUAGCAAGCCCUUGUCUUUCAGGAAAAAAAUAUUAAAAGAAGGGCUAGGGAUAUAGCUUGUUGUGGGGGCCUCAAAUUCAAUUGCCCAUACUGGGGGAGAAGAAAGAAAAAGGCUUGUCUACAUUAGACACAAAACAGAUUGUAGCCAGCCAUAGUAGUGCAUGUCUAUAAUCCCAACAUUUAGGAGAAGCUAUGGAAGGAGGGUUGGGAGGCUGAGGCAUGAGAGUAGCCAUGAGUUUGAGGCCAGCAUAGGCUACAGCAUAAGUUCAAGACCAUCCUGAGCUCCAUAACAAAACCCUGUCUCAAAAAAGACAAAAACAAGAUCAAAUGCUCAGUUUCAGCUGGGCACGGUGGUGCAUGCCUAUAAUUCUGGCACUUGGGAGGCUGAGGCAGGAGGAUUGAAUGUUUGGUCUAAAUUUAGCAGUUUAUAACUUAAAGAUAACAACAUACAAUGUACUAACCAGUGUUACCCUCUGGUUAUGUUUUGUAAUUUUAUUUUUUCUGUAAAUUUUUUAAAAAUUUUAUUUAUCUAAAUUUUUUUGAAACAAAAAUAAAUAAGUUAAUUGAUUUAGCA